GGUUCUGUGUUGGGUUUCUCGUGGGUUUCAUUUGAAGUGUGUGUUCAGUUUCUUCAGCUGGAGGAAUAGUCCAGGGCGAAAUAGUUUCAAAGCAAUUGAAAUUGAACUCAACGAUCCAACGCGAUAGACAGCAGCUAGUCACAAGUUUUUAUCGUGUUACAAGCGGCAAUUGCGUGUGUGAGCUUUAUCAAUUUUCGACUGUUUCUGCGGAGGCUCGACAUACGAGUGUACACACACUUCCACCCGAUCCACACAAAGAAAUCGAGAGAGAUCUGGAACGAGGGUCGCAUCAUGGAUAGCGUAAAGUCGUUCUUCGCAGGCUCCAACAAGGCCAACGAUCUCGGAAAUCAUCAGCAGCAGAAUGGACACACGAAUGGUAGUGAUAUUCCCAAUCGCUGGGGCCGGAACUGUAACUCAGGCUCGCAGCACACGGAAAGCAGUUCAUCGAAUUCCGCGUCCACUCAAAAUGCCAAGCGCAAGGACAGCGAUAAUUAUUUCUACAUCAUGUGGCGCGCCUGAAGCAACAUAUUCCUACGUAUGCGGAUCUGUACGAUAGCCAUAACGUUGGAACAGCUAAAAUCAUCAACUUAAGUGACCUGCAGCAGCAUAAUACACAUCUGUAAAUCUAUUAGAAACAUCGGAGAAGCGUGCAAACUCUCAGCCAGACAAAGUCCGGUGUUUAGUGAUACUAGUGAUAUUUAUCUACAAUUAUAUACAAAGACAAUUCAUCAUUCACACUAUUAA